CCCGCCAAGCUUCAUGAUCCCAGCGAAAGCCACACAUGGUGGAGCUGCCACGGCAGAGUACCGCGGGCGAAAGCUGCUGGUUGAAUGCGUUGAGGUUUCACAGUGUGGUCGAUGGGUUUGAUCUCACCGCCUCUGUUCAUCGAGUGAAGUCCAAACCAAGCUCGCGAGUGCUUCGGCAGGUUCAUCUGGAUCUGAUUCGGAGUACCAGUAGCAGAGAGAGGGAGAGGAAGACGAAAACGUUAAUCGAGUGGAUUUCCCAGUCGCCGAUCUAUCGAUUUACGAAUGGAUUCUUUGUCCUCCACCCGUCUAUUUACGCCGCCGGUUGCAACCAAGUGGUCGCAGAUCGCGAUGCCCUGGACGCGCCGCCUCUUCUCGACGUCGAGAGCUCUUCCUCCCCGCCACCGUUGGUUGUUGGGAAUGGGGUCGGCGCCGCACCACGACCGCCUCCGCCACGUGGGGUCCGGGGGAAUCUCCCGCCUCAACGCUGUCGUCCUGGGGGAGGCCCUCGCCGCAGAGGAGAACGACCUCGUCUUUCCCUCCCACGACUUCUCCCGCCACGCCCACAUCUCCUCCCCGGAACAGUACCAAAAUAUGUAUGAGAGAUCGAUCGAGGAUCCUGCGGGAUUCUGGUCGAAUAUCGCAUCCCAAUUUUGCUGGAAGAAGAGGUGGAAUCCGGAGGUCUGCAGCGAAAAUAUUGACGUGAGGAGGGGCACUGUUAAGAUUGAGUGGUUCAAAGGAGGUGUCACGAACAUCUGUUACAAUGCCUUGGAUCGGAACAUAGAGGCAGGAAAUGGUGAUAAGGUGGCUCUCUAUUGGGAAGGCAAUGAGCCGGGUCAAGAUGCACAGCUCACCUAUGCCCAGAUGCUGGAGAAGGUCUGCCAGCUUGCCAAUUACUUGAAAAAUGUCGGAGUCGGUAAAGGGGAUACGGUCAUCAUUUAUCUGCCCAUGCUGAUGGAGUUGCCAAUUGCAAUGUUGGCAUGUGCUCGCAUUGGUGCAAUCCAUUCGGUCGUAUUUGCUGGCUUCUCGGCUGAAUCUCUUUCACAGAGAAUUGUUGACUGCAAACCAAAAGCCAUGAUAAGCUGCAAUGCGGUGUGUAGAGGAGCCAAGGUUAUUCAUCUCAAGGAGAUAGUUGACACUGCAUUGGUUGAGUCUGUCAAUAGUGGAGUUCCUGUGGAUUUGUGCUUGAUUUUUGAAAACAAGUCAGCUAUGAAGAGAGAAUCUACCAAAUGGCAGAUAGGAAGAGAUGUCUGGUGGGAGGAUGUUGUCCCACAAUUUCCAACAAAAUGUCUGGUUGAAUGGGUUGAUGCAGAAGAUCCACUGUUUCUCUUAUACACAAGCGGUAGCACAGGAAAGCCAAAGGGUGUUUUACACACAAAUGGGGGCUAUAUGGUAUACACUGCAACGACGUUUAAGUAUGCUUUCGACUAUAAGCCAUCAGAUGUAUACUGGUGCACUGCUGACUGUGGCUGGAUCACUGGACAUAGCUAUAUCACAUAUGGUCCUCUUUUGAAUGGAGCUACUAUUUUAGUCUUCGAAGGGGCUCCAAGCUACCCUGAUCCUGGACGUUGUUGGGACAUUGUCGAUAAGUACAAGGUGACAAUACUUUACACAGCACCAACACUGGUCCGUGCCCUAAUGCGUGAUGGUGAUGAGUAUGUUACUCGCUACUCUCGUAAGUCUCUACGUAUUCUAGGAAGUGUGGGAGAGCCCAUUAACCCUAGUGCAUGGAGAUGGUUUUACAAUGUUGUCGGGGAUUCACGAUGCCCUAUAUCAGAUACCUGGUGGCAAACUGAGACUGGCGGUUUCAUGAUUACACCUAUUCCUGGUGCCUGGCCACAGAAACCUGGUUCUGCCACAUUUCCUUUCUUUGGUAUUCAGCCUGUCAUAGUUGAUGAGAAAGGAAACGAGAUAGAAGGUGAAUGCACUGGGUAUCUUUGCAUCAAAAAGUCAUGGCCAGGGGCAUUCCGGUCGCUUUAUGGUGAUCAUGAAAGAUAUGAGACCACAUAUUUUAAACCAUUCGCUGGUUAUUACUUCACCGGUGAUGGUUGCAGCAGGGAUAAGGAUGGCUACCAUUGGCUCACUGGAAGAGUCGAUGAUGUUAUCAAUGUCAGUGGACACCGCAUUGGCACUGCUGAGGUAGAAUCUGCCCUUGUCUCUCAUCCCCACUGUGCCGAGGCAGCUGUAGUUGGUGUUGACCACGAGGUCAAAGGGCAAGGCAUAUAUGCUUUUGUCACUUUAGUGGAUGGCAUUCCUUACAGUGAAGAAGUUCGAAAAAGCCUCAUUUUGGCAGUCAGAAACCAGAUUGGCGCCUUUGCUGCCCCAGACAAAAUCCACUGGGCACCCGCAAUCCCGAAGACGAGGAGUGGAAAGAUCAUGAGGAGGAUCUUGCGGAAAAUUGCUUCCAGGCAGCUAGAUGAGCUGGGGGACACUAGCACACUUGUGGAUCCAAGCGUCGUUGACCAGCUAAUCGCACUCAUCGACCACUAAUACGAGACUAUGAUUAAACUUCCCUCGCUUCUGCAUCUUCUAUUGUUGGAACAGCAAAGCACAAAUAAUCCAAUGUCUCUCUCUCUCUCUCUUAGCUGCCUCCUAAUAAGAGGUUAGAUUGCAAGUGUAGAAUAAGAAGGGGUGAAAGCACUAGUGAAGAUAAAUGUUCUUCAUGGUUUUAUCGUCCAAUUGAUGGAGUUGUCUGGUGAUAUGCUGUAUUGAGUCUGUUUACAGACUUCAUGAACUUGUUACUGUACUUUGUUACUGAAAACACAUUGAUAAGAAAUUAUAUCUCUUAUUUAAUUGCAA